ACUCAAGUCGCAUUGCGCAAUUGCAUGAGAGAUAAAAGGCUAAUAAGAUAAUUUUAGGUCUACGCAAUUGAACGAAUUGAAAUCCUGCGAUACAGACUCAUUCUGAUUUGUGGGCAGUGCGGGACCACUUUCGGUACAUCGAAUCUUCAUCAGGAAAGCAAUAGGUGACAUUCUGUGAAAUUAAUAGUGUCUGAAAGUUGCUGGAACGAGGAGCUCUGACGCGACUCUCUCCAAAAUCAGAGGAGACUGAUAACAAUUAGAUGACAUAUUCGAAACCAGUGCCACUGCUACUUCAGUAUACUUGAGCACAAUCACAUGAACCCAUGUUUCAAGCUUCUCAACAUAUAUAACCCGUGAUAAAGAGACCAUAUUUAAAUCGCAGAUGUGGAAAGUUUACAUUCUGUUGCUCGCUUCGGUCGCGACGCAAUCCCUGGGUUGUUCGUGGUGGAUCAUGGGAUGCAUAUGCAAAAAGUACACCAAUUACUCCAUCAGAACAUCUUGCACUUCAGUGAAAUUCGAGGAUACCAACUUCCAGUAUUUUACUAACGCAUCCAUCGUGGGAACCACCAAUUUCUACAAUUACCUGCACACGCUCAAUCUGACUGACACGCACAUGGAAAAUAUCGAGGAAGGCGCAUUUUCUAAGUACAAGAGCUUAAAAAACUUGUUCAUGAGCAAGAACAACCUUCGCCAGUUGGAUUCUCGUAUGAUCGGAAACCUAUCAAGUUUGAGAAACUUAGACCUCUCAUACAACGGGCUUACUUCGGUGAACGACACCUUACAAGGCACCUACAUCACGACUCUAAAUCUGGAGUACAACGAGUUCAUCGAAAUGGCAAACAACAGUUUCCCUGCAUCUCUAACGUACUUAAACAUGGCAAACAAUAAGAUAGCAACCAUAGAAGAAUUGAACUUGAAAUACCUGAAUAAACUGAACUUAUCUUAUAACGAAUUGGAGAUUAUAAAAGUGGACGUUCUGAAAUUGCCGGGGCUCAGGUAUCUCGAUCUAUCUCACAACUUCCUGAGAGACAUCCCGCACGACGCCUUCGCUGAAUUGGAAGAACUUUCCGAGUUGAAUAUGGGUUACAAUAAAUUAACAAAAUUGGAUGGUUUUCUUGCGCUGGAGCAAUUGAACAUGCUGAAUCUGACGAAUAACGACAUCAGAAAUGUAGAGGAAGACGCUUUCAAAAAUAUGAGCAACCUAUUGAUUCUAGAUCUGAGCAGAAACAAACUGACAUUUGUGCAUCCCGAUUCGUUUGGACAAUUAAGUGCCUUAACUAAAUUGGAUUUAUCGCACAACGAAAUUUCUGUCAUCGAGAUGAGCAAUUUUGAGAAGAUCUCGUCGCUCUUGUACUUGAACCUGAACAACAAUAGAUUGAAUAAACUGAAUAAAGGUUCUUUUAAACACAACUCCAUCGAGUAUUUGAACCUAUCAAAUAACCAAAUCGGCGAGAUCGCACCUGAAGCAUUCGCCAAAAUGCCCGAACUGGUCAGUUUACAUUUGGAUGGAAACGGAUUGACUACGCUCGAUAAAAAUGUGUUGGAUAACCUUCCAAACUUGAAAAAUUUAAAUUUAUCGAUGAAUAAUAUAAACACUAUCAAGUCAUUUGCGUUCAGUAAUUUAAACAAUUUAAAUACAAUUGAUCUUUCCAGGAACCGUCUUAGGGUGUUGGAGAAUAAUAUAUUCAACCACCUAGAUAAUCUCUUCAACCUGAACAUAUCGUAUAACGAGUUAAGCGAGGUAUCCGACGAUCUGGAAGGCGUAAAAUCUAUAAAAAAUUUGGACAUUUCAUUUAACUUAUUGAGUACAGUUUCGCAUUUUAAGCAUUUUACUAAUUUAUCUGUAUUGAACAUGAGCCACAACGUUAUCGACGUAUUGGAAAAGAACACAUUUGACGAUACUUUGGUGAACUUAACUGAAUUAAUAUUGAGAGGAAACUUGAUCAAGGGUAUACCAACGGCGUGUUUUGGCCAUUUGCAUCAGCUCAGAAACCUGGAUCUGUCGCAGAAUCAAUUAACGAGAUUGGACGCCAGCAAUACCGUCGGGCUACGCUUUCUGAGAAGUCUUCUUUUGAGUUCGAACUUAAUCAGCAACAUCUCGUCAUAUGCUUUCCACAAUAUGCCAAACCUAUAUAUUUUAGACCUCAGCAAUAAUAAACUGACAACAUUGAACUACAGUGAGAUAAUCGAGAUUCGCUAUAUUGACAUCAACGAUAAUCUAUUUUUCUGCAGUGAACUAUCGACAUUAUUAAAUAGCCUUCGACGACGUGCAAGCUUAAUUGCAGGCACCGAGAAGGAUAGGCUGAGUAUGAGGGGCAUAUAUUGCUUAGAAGAUCCUGAAGGAGAAAGUAAACAUGAGGCUAUCAAGCUAGAGCCUUCGAAAGGAUUGGAAAGUGUAGAAUCGAAGUUAAGUACGAUUUCGACGCUCCUUGUGAUAAUAAUUAUGAUAGUGCUCAUCCAGAUUUGCGCUAAACUAGUUAUGAAAUACAAAUGGUACUUUUCAAAACCGAAUCAUUACCAAUCGCAGAGAUCAGACUUAGAAUCAAUGUUGUAAAUUUAAAUCAUCAUUCUCCAGUGUAAAUAUAUUGUAACUGAACUGAAUUACAUAGGUUUUAGAUGACUUUAUCUGUUUAU